AUGAAGGAACUACUGAUCUCUCUGCUUGCCUUGGCCUGCUUCUGUGGGGCUGUUGCUGAGGAUUUAGCACAAGACAACAUAAAAACAAAAGCCAAAAAAACAAAGACCAUUCCCAUUAAGGAGGAGAAAGGGGUUCUAAUACUGAAGAAAAGCAACUUUGAUCAGGCACUCAAACAACACAAACAGCUGCUCGUCAAUUUCCAUGCUCCUCUCUCUGGAGAGUCCCAGAGUCUAUCCGUGGAGUUCACCAAGGCAGCAGCUCACCUCAAGGCGGAGUCAUUCAAGGUGCAACUGGGAGUGGUUGAUGUCUCGAAGGAGAAGGAUUUGGCUAAAGAGCUCAAUGUCACAGGGUUCUCACCCCCAAGGCUGUACAUUUCUGGGGACAAACAGAACCCAGUUAUCUGUCCAGUUUUGAAAAAGGCCUCCUCAAUUGUCACCUGGCUGAAGAGAAGGACUGGCCGUAGGGCUGAGCUGAUUAAAGACCUUGGCCAAGUAGAGAUGUUUGUCGCUGUUGAAGAUAUGGUUGUUCUGGGCUUUUUCAAGGAUCUUGAAAAAGGAGGAGUGGAAGCAUUUUAUGCUACUGCAGCAGAUAUGCCUGAUCUCCCCUUUGGAGUGACCAAAAAUAAACACGUGUUGUCCAAGUAUGAAAUUACAAAAGAAACAGUUGUUCUGUUUAAAGAGUCUAAAAAGUCAGAGGAGUAUGAGAUCUCCAGUGACGUGUCAAAAGAAGACCUGAUACGAUUCAUCAGAGUGCAUGAAAUGGAUCUGGUAACAGAAUAUAAUGGGACGACAUCAGGAAAAAUACUGAACUCAGUGCUCACAAACCACGCUGUACUGUUUGCUAACAAGAGUGAUGGAAGCUUCAGGGAAAUCUAUGGAGAAUUUGAAAGGGCUGCAAGUGGAUUCAAAGGCAAGGCUUUAUUUGUGUUCAUUGACACUGACGAGCACAGAAACGGGCGGAUUCUGGAGUACUUCCGAGUGCGUGAGGUGGAAGCUCCUUUAGUGCGAAUGGUAAAUCUGACUGACAAUGUGCAGUACCAAAUGCAGUCAGAGGAGGUCACAUCAGAUGCUGUGAAGGCCUUCUGCCAGACUUACAUUGAUGGAAAAGCAAAGCCCAAGUUGCAGAGUGAACCAAUCCCUAAAGACUGGGAUAAGCAGCCUGUGAAGGAACUUGUGGGCUCAAACUUUGAGAAAGUGGCCUUCAAUGAGGACAGGAAUGUGUUCAUCAUGUUUUAUGCUCCUUGGUACAAGGAAUGUCAAGAAUUUUUUCAGCUAUGGGAGAAGCUUGCGAAGGUGUAUGAGAAACAUGAAAGUGUUGUGAUCGCCAGGAUAGAUGCCACGGCCAAUGACAUCAACGUUGUGCUACAGGAGCGCUAUCCCUCUUUUAAAUUCUUCCCUGCUGUGUUCUCAGAAAAGGUUGUUCCCUUCUUGGGAGAAAGAACAUUAGAGGCAUUGGUCCAGUUUGUAGAGGACCAGGUUGAAUUAGCCAAAGAAGACAAGGCUAAGGAGGAAAAAGAGAGGAAAAAAUAUAUUGAGGCUCAAAAAGCUAAUGAAAGGGCAAAAGAGGAACUGUAG